CUUUCUAUCUUAUUCUUUCAUUCACUUUGUCAUUUAUUGUGUCUCUAUUUUGGAUUAUGUGCCAUCUUAAUCUCUCCUUGACCACUUUUCUCUUUCAUACUCCAUCUCUCUCUUGGCUCUCUCUUUCAUACUCUGUCCAUCUGUCUCUGGCGGUCUGAAACACCUGAAAUCCCACUCUCGGGGCUCGGGAGCGUAAUUAGACGUGACAGACCAAGCUUUUAGGAACAUGUUCACUCUCCACCACUCAGUCCUGUCUCAGUGCGCCUGUGUGUCACACUCUCAGCUGCAGUAUGUCCUCCUUGUCCUCGUCCUGUCGUCAUCAGCACUUCUGUCCUAUCCGUGAUGGAGUGGACUGUGUUCUUUCCAUCCCUGCAGCCAUGUGGCUUUUGGACGUACAGAGGACAGGCGUUGUGAAGUGAGGAUUAGGACAUGGCUCAUCUGAUGGUGUUUUUUUUUUUUUUUAAACGUCUCCAUGUCCUUCUGAUCUACAUUAGGACAGGAAACUCAUCUUGAUGUCCUGUCAGAAUAAAUUUCACUGUUUGAGUGCUAUUUGAAUUUUUAUGUAUUGGAAGGGCAAAAAUACAGAUUUGACUGAUUUAAGAUCCCUGGUAUACUUUUUUAGUCAGUUUUUCUGGUUUUUUUUUUUUUUUUUAAAGUAAAUAACCCUUGUUUUUGUUGACGCAGGAAAGCAGCUUUGAAUAAAUGCAUGUCAUUUAUGGAAUAAUUUAUUUUCAUAUUUAAAAAAAAUAUGUAUCAGUUUUUUUAAAUUAAUCUGUAAAAUCAAACCAUGAUGAAUUUAUGAAAAGUCUAUUAUAUAUAAGUAAGUUAUAUAAGAGGCAGAACCUCAGUAGUGUAGAAUCUAUUAUAUAUGCCCAACCUUAAGUCAAUUAAAAUGUAAAAACGUGCUGUAUCAGGAACAUGAAAUCAUUAGUGUGGGAAAAUAAAUUUAUAAAACAAAUCUAAAAGAUUUAAAAUGUAAGGUAGAAUUUCGGAUACUUUGCUUAAGAACGAGAUAUAAUUUUCACCUUAUGUGGUUUAUGAAAGAGACAGACACACAGAGAGAAAGAGGUAUAGAGAAAGACAAAGAGUGAGACAGAAAGAGAGAGAGAGAAGGGACUAAGAGGGACAGAGACAGAGAGAUAGAGAGAGGGAGGGUGUUUUAAAGAGGAAGAGAGAUGUUCACUGUGUUAGAUUUUGCUUUUAUACGGCGAGGACCCUGGAGACCUCUGACUGAUGAUGAUGAAGAUGAAGAUGAUGAUGAUGGUGGUGAUGGUGGCAGAGCUAAUAAUAUCACCAUCUUCUUUUCUGUAAUGAAUAUGUAUCAGGUCACAGAUGAUUUAUCCAUCAUAGAGGCAUUCCAUCGUGUUUACGCGAGCUUCUGAUGGAACUUCAUCAAGCUUCUGCUUGUGGGGUCCUGCUGUAAUUUAUGUGCACAAAUGUGUGUGUGUGUGUGUGUUGUGGAUCUUAUUAUUCAUAAGCACUCCCCUUUCUUUAAUGCUGAUUGUUUGUCUUGGAAGCGGCAGCAUCCCUUUGGGUUUCGUAUUGUUGUUUGCUUGUUGGGCGCCAAAGGGAGAACGCUGGGAGAGGAUCCCAGCUAUGAUUUCCCCAUCACGCACACACACACCACACACACGCACAUACAGCACAUGAGGCAUGUGCUGGCCCCCUGUUGCGGUCCACGCGCUCCCUCUCGGCCCGCUAGACCUCUUCCUGCUGCACGUACACACAUAGUUUCCCAGAGUUGCCUUCGAUAUACUGUCCAGCCCCAGGAGUCCGCUCUACUCCGUUUUAUUUUUUUUUUUCACUCGGACGCCCUGAAGUUUUUUUUAAAACGCUAGCCAUUUGCGUUUCAUUACCGAGACCUUGAACAGAACAAAAGAAUAAUAAUCAGAAAAAGGAUGGAGGGGGGAUUUCAAAGGCUCGUUAUGUGGUUAAUAAAUUCUCUUUCUCACUAAAAAAAGCUUCUAUAUAUAUUUUUUAUAAACUCAAAAUGAGAACCAGCUUCUUUCGCUUCGUCCGACACAAACAGAAAAAGAUCUGUUGUCCUAAAUCAUGUGCAAACAUACCCCGAGUUUGUGUAGAAAAAGAAUUACACAUUUUAUGGGCCGUGAUAUUAUCUCCCCAAAGCAGCCCUAUAAGGGUAUAUGCGAAACGGUGGAGAGGGAGACAUCUGCUUUGGGACACAGCCAAGGACACACUCUUUUUCUCUGUCUCUCUCUCUCUCUCUCUCUCUCUCUCUCUCUCACACACACACACACACACACACACACAUACACACACACACACAGGGAAUGUUCUUAUUUUACACUACCACCUGAAUUAUAGAUACCAUAGCCAAGUAUAACAGUGCUGUGUACAAGUCUCACUUAGGUACUGUUGCGCAUGUAUAUGGAGGAUUUGGCAUCACGUCGCACAACACAGGGGCUACACACACUUUCUAGAAAUAACUCAUAGCCUGCGGACACAAACAAGUACACACACACACACACACACACACACAUACACACACAUCCUAAACAGAAAGUGACAAAUUCCCCAGCGUGCCGUCAUCACACUGGCGGUGUGAUAAUUGUCAGAACCAAUCAUGUUUGUUGUGUUGGAUCCACAGCAGCCGCUUCCAUACUGUCCAUACAGCAACUUCACAUCUGCCAUCAUUUCCCCCAUUUGUGCGUGUGUGUGCAUGUGUGUAAUUUGACGUGGUGUCAGUCCAGCAGAGGCUUCUGGGAUGUGUAUAAACCAAGCAUCACCAGACCACCAGACUUUGCUUAUACCUCAUAAUGAGGCCCAGCCAAAGAAACGCUGGGAUAACACACCAGAAUCAGCAGCUAACUGAGUGGCAAAAUAGGAAUUUGAGAUCACGUUUUGUCUACCAUCAUUGUUAGUGGUGUACAUAAUAAUGAAUCAGACAUGAUUUUGAAUCCUUUUGAGAUUAUGAAAUAUGUUGAGUAUGAGAUUGUGAAUAAGUGUCCUGGGAUGAGCAUUAGACAGUAUUUAUGAUUACAGCAGCACUUCUUAGGUACAAAUAUGCAGUAUCCAGAUGAGAUUAUCCACUGAAGAUCACCACUGUUUUAUUACUUAAAGGGACUUAAAGGGUCAUUUGCAUCGACAAGGUACGCCAGGUUUUGGCCAACUUUUUGAUGUUGUUGCAUCCAAGCUGUGAAACUUAAUAUGGAUUUAAAGAAAAGAAAUAUAUUUUUAUUUUUAAGAUCCAUAUCAAGGUCGACUCUUAUCGGUGACUUUUUUACUGGCCAGUUUCAAUCAGGCCACACUGCUCCAGUAAUCAGUAGAUAAGCAUCUCCCUUCUGCAAACACCUUGCAUUGCAAAUUGAGUAUCUACACUUAGCAAUUAGAGAUUUCCACUCCAAUUCCACUCCAACGAUAAACAGUUAGCUAUGCUGACUGGAUCUACUGCAAGAAAGCACACAACACUGAUGUUCUGAGUUUUCACUUCAUUUCAUCUUCAGUAAGUGUUUUAUCCUGGUUUGGGUCACGAUGGAUCUGCAGCCUAUCCUGGGAAUACCUGGUAUGAGGCAGGUAUAUGGCCUGGAUGGGACACUAGUCCAUUGCAGGGCUCCAUACACACACACACACACACACACACACACAUUUAUUGGUAAACGGGAGGAAACUGAAGAACCUGGAGAAGCACUGAGUGUUUGUGAAGGACCCAGUGUUUAGCAUGUAAUCCACAGUUUUUGUGUGUGUGUGUGUUUGUUUGGAAAUUAGCCUAAUUAGAUCUCACUGUGGCCAUGUGCUGUGAAUUUUAUCUCUCGUGUUGGUGUUGAUAUUUUGAAAAGCUUAUGUAAGAAGAAUUUUAGCAUGGAGCCAGAAUGUCCUAUUUGUCUCGUCUAAUAUGGUGAAAUGCAUUAUAGACGUACACACAGCUCUAUAAUAACAUCGCUCAUCACUGUAAAACUGAGCUUUUUGCUUUUGCAACUCGUCCCCUCUAGCUGUAGCGACACAAGGGAUUCGGGUUUAGUGCAGAAAUGAAUGCAAAUGCCUCACUCUUGUGUGGACUUCAAACGAGUUGACUCAGUGUGUUGGCACCGCAUUAGCUUCACGUAGUGCCACUAGGUGCGGAUGCUCCUUGGGGGACGGCUCCGCAGGUUGCUGCCUCUAAUUACAUCCCGUGUCAUAUCGAGUCCCGGCUGUAAUCAAGCUUGUAUUGUCAGUCGGAGCAGCAGGGCGUUCAUCCCUGGCGUCCUCUCACUCAUGCUUUCUGGUUCUUCAGAUGUAAGAACAAGCCCAAGAUUACAUUCAGCUCGUGGAGACGACAGCAGAGAAACAGUGAGAACUCAGCAGUAAUCAGGUUGCGAGAUUAGGUCUGAUUCAUGCAUGUGUCUUUCUAGGCUCAAUUUAUUUUCUUGGGUGUUCAAAAGCAUAAUAGAUUAGAUAGCAGGAAGACUCAUGUGCCAGUACUGCAGAUGUUAUCAGGAGGACUUGUGAAGCGUCACAUGUCUGACUGAUUUACAACUGGUAGGCCAAAAAAACCUCUUUAUUUAGCAAGUAAAACAGUCAAUUUUCCCUCCCAAAAUGUGACUAAUGAACCGAGCAGUCAGUGGAUUACAUCAAAGCGUCUUUAUAAAAGGUUCUCCUUCAGCUGGCCUCCCUCCAGAACAACAUUAAAGUGAGCCAAACUCAGAAGUGCAGGAAAGGGAAAUUAAUUGUACGACAGAAAGACUCAACAUCACUCACUGCUAUUAUGUGGCUCGUUGAAGCCCAGGCUCAUAGGAUACAUUGUUUCGUGUGUGUCUGUGUGUGUUUUGGCUCAGAGGAGCGCUCGUAUCGCCUUGACGUCGAUAAGGACAAUUAGGACAUAUCAGAGGAAAAGGAGCGAUAGCACAUGUAAUCUGUAGCUUAUCGUGACUUGUUGUCAGCCAACUGCAUCUCCUUCAUCGCAGCACUCUUCUGUUUCCUCUUAGUAAACAGAUCUUUAUGUAGCUCAAUAAACGAGCAAGAGUAGUUUGGUCUCGGCAAACCAAUGCCCUGUGAUUCACCACCUACACAGAAUGUCCUGGGUGGCCAAUUCCUGGUGUUUUAUCCCCCCAAACACUUAUCCCUCAUUAAACUUUUUUCCCCUUGUUGUGGCUGGAGGCUCGAUAGCUCCUCCAGCAGACUCACGCCGAGACAGAGGAAUCUCUUUAUUUGAGCUCACGUUGCAGUUGCGGUUCCGCUGUCAGCUUGCAUUUUGUCUCGCCCCGCCUGCUGAUGAACACUAUUAAAGCGCCACUAUUAUUCCCCCAACUGGCCUCUUAAAUCUUUGCCAUCUGAUCAAGCCAUUACACACUGCGCUAUUCAGCCUUGGUUCUUCAAGAGUCCCAGUCUGUGCCCUUUUUUUUUUCUUCACAGAUUUCAGUUCUUCCAGUCAUAUUCCUCAUCUCUUAAUUAGCCAAAUACAUUUGGAGAACAGAUGAGAAAUGUGGCUUUUUAUAGAGGACGGGAUUAAAUACCAGUCAGAAGUGUCCAUCAGGUUCAUGGAUGGAGCUGUAUAUUCACAUUACUGAUCGGCAUUAUGGAGAAUUUGGUCUCAUACUAAAACAAUCUCAUCUUGUAUUCUCCUGAAAACAGGGAGCUUUUUCAGGAUUCUUUAUCACGCGUCUUCUGUGCUAUCGCUUCCUGAGUUUGAGUAAACACAUCAGCCAGGACUAUUUACUCUCUGCGCCUUAACAGUGCGCACCGGAUUACUGUGUUUAUACAAACACACACACAGCAAAGGGGUGAUUAAUACCACAGAUGGUGUCUCAUACAAACACAUUUUCAUAUACAUAAUUUUCUCACACUACACGCACUUAUCUCCAGUUCCAUAUUCACACACAUUUACCAUAAGCAGUACGUUUUUCUCUAAUAGUUCAAAUUUGCUGCACUAUAAUAAACACCAUGGGCCGUUUAAUGAUGGCUAUUAUCAGUGGCCAUGUGGUAAAUGUCAAAUAAAUAUCACCAUGGCCGUGUGUGUGUGUCCCUCGUUUUGGACAAGAGGUCUGUCCCCUUACACAGAAUGAGGUCUACACAGGAUGUUUGCUUCACUCCCUGGUCACUCCUCAUCACAUUCAACCUCUGUAGGAAAACACACAGUAUUGCUCCCUUUGCCGCUUUUAGGUUCAGAAUUAACUCGCCCACUUGGAAGGUCUUCAGGAAGCUGCUUUGUUAUUUCCCUCUCUUCUAUACCUAUGAAUAAACCUGAGCAUUUCACAGAAGUGCUAAUGAUUUCUGUUUCAUUGUCGCCUCCCUGUGCCAUAUGUGGGCUUCAAUAGCACGCCAGCCAACACCAAACAGCUUUGUGAAUAACACAUUGUGUAUGACUUUCAGAAAUGCGCAACAACACCAGGGUGUUUUCAUAGUGCCUCAAACUGAACAUGUCUCCAUGUGUUAGUAAGAGUCUGGCUUUGGAAAAAUGUAUUCCUGUUUUUAGUGCUGUCAGGAGAGACGUACAGUGACCCUUUUUUUCCUGGACUGGCUGUAAUGUUUAGCAGCAGUUUUUGCCUUUUUUUUUCUUUUCUUUGUGUUUUUGCGUGUUUCUUUUUUUUUCCAGAGAGAAAAAAAAACAGAGGUCGAUGAGGGACUGUCUAUAGAUGUUAUGAUGUUGAUUUGUGGCCAUUUCGUAAGAUAAAAUGGAUGUAAACUAUAAAGGGAAUAAAAAGUAUGUGUCAUUCUUUACUACUUGUUUCAAAUUGCUGUGGUAUAAGAGGAAUAAAACAUUUUGGGACUUGCUGUCGUUGAUUAUUUUCCUGUAACAGCACGCCCUGCCAUGUUUUAGCCCUUACAUAAUGCCUAUUUUAUAUGAAAACAUUAAAAAAAAACUAUCUGUGUACGUAAUAUACUGUAACACAGUUUUCCCCAGUACAACAAAGUAGCCUUACUUACGCAAACUUCAUCAACUAAACAAUAUAAUUGUUGUCUAAUACGUACAUCUAUGUAUUGCGUAAGUAUUCACGCACCUUGAAUUUCUCCAUAUUUUGUAAUAUUACCACCUGGAAUUAAAAUGAAUUUAAAUUAAAUAAUAUGUCAUGAAUCUAAACAAAAUGUGGAAAAGUUUGAGGGGGUGAAUACUUAUGCAAGGCACUGUAUAUAGGCAGACACGUUAUAAAACAUUCAUUUGCGUCUGUCAGUCACAAGCUGAUCAAGGUGGACACAAAGACAGUAUUCUCUGGAAGGACAUUAUUAAACUCAAGUGAAUUUAUCCUUACUUCUUCAUGCCUAGAUGGACUGUCGUUAUGGAAGCACUUUAAUGAGGACACGUGUGGUCUCUGUGCUCCUCGCUGCUUCUCCAUAGAGACUGGAGGAGGUGUGAAAGCGAGCAGGUGGUAAUGGACCCUCAGCUGGAGAAAGUGCUGGCCCUGGACGCCUGUAACAUUCAUAAUGCACAAGGCCCAGAUCAUGAGUCACGUCUCCAGUGGUACAGCUACAGGGGACAGAACUCAGGUCAGGUGACCUCAUCUCCUCUGAGCUCUCCCACGUCCCACCGGCCCAUGCACCCUCCCCUGCUGAGUCCGACCUCCAUCGGAGCCUCAGGAUCUCUGCACUCACCCAUCAGCACACUUAGCUCGCCAAUGAACGGCCUCGGCUCUCCCUUCUCCGUCAUCAGCUCGCCCAUGGGCCCGCACUCCAUGGCAUCUCCCGGCAUGGCCUAUGGCCCCAGUGUAAGCCCACAGUUAAACUCGCCGAUGAACUCCGUCAGCAGCUCAGAGGACAUCAAGCCUCCGGUGGGCAUUAACGGCAUGAUGAAGGUGCCAGCGCAGUCCUCGGGGACCCCUCUGUCUCUCACCAAACACAUCUGUGCUAUCUGCGGAGAUCGCUCCUCUGGUAAACACUACGGCGUCUACAGCUGUGAGGGCUGCAAGGGGUUCUUUAAGAGAACCGUACGGAAGGACCUGACCUACACCUGCAGAGACAACAAGGACUGUGUGAUCGACAAGCGCCAGCGAAACCGCUGCCAAUACUGCCGCUAUCAGAAAUGCCUGGCCAUGGGCAUGAAGAGAGAAGUUUUUUUGCAUACAGCCGUUCAGGAGGAACGUCAGCGAGCUAAGGAUCGAAAUGAGAAUGAGGUGGAGUCGAGCAGCAGCGCCAAUGAGGACAUGCCCGUGGAGAAGAUCCUAGAGGCCGAACUCGCUGUCGAGCCCAAGACAGAGACGUACAUCGAGACCAACCUGGGCGUGCCGUCCAAUUCGCCCAAUGAUCCAGUCACUAAUAUCUGCCAGGCGGCAGACAAACAGCUCUUCACCCUGGUGGAAUGGGCCAAGAGGAUCCCACACUUCUCUGAACUGCCUCUGGAUGAUCAGGUCAUCCUGCUACGAGCAGGCUGGAAUGAGCUGCUCAUUGCUUCGUUCUCGCAUCGUUCCAUAGCUGUAAAGGAUGGCAUUCUGCUGGCCACAGGGCUCCACGUGCACAGGAACAGCGCCCACAGUGCCGGAGUGGGAGCCAUAUUCGACAGAGUGCUCACAGAGUUGGUGUCAAAGAUGAGGGACAUGCAGAUGGAUAAAACAGAGCUGGGCUGCCUACGAGCCAUAGUGCUGUUUAACCCAGACUCUAAAGGCCUGUCAAACCCCAGCGAGGUGGAGGCUCUGAGGGAGAAAGUUUAUGCCUCUCUGGAGGCAUACUGCAAGCAGAAGUACCCUGAUCAACCCGGGAGGUUUGCAAAGCUGUUGCUGCGGCUGCCUGCGCUGCGUUCCAUCGGCCUUAAGUGUCUAGAACACUUGUUCUUUUUCAAGCUCAUCGGGGACACGCCCAUCGACACCUUCCUAAUGGAGAUGCUGGAGGCACCCCAUCAAAUGACGUAAAGAUAUCACACCCUCCUGUUGCCCUGGGAGACCGGGGGAAGCUAGCCCCUCCUCCUCAAUGAGACUGAUCAUGUGACGUUAUACGCUGGAGAGGGGCUCAGCUAGUCGUUCCCUCCAAUCAGUGUCUCAUAACGCACCCAUAGGGUCUCUUUUUUUAUACCUUGUAUAAAGAUAUAAAUAAACUGUUAAUAAUUUGAGGGGGACUCAAAGGCAACAAACAAUACAGGACAUGACGACUGAACCAUAAAUCACCAUAAAUGUAUGGUUAAAUGUAAAAAGAAAAAAGAAAGGAAAACACAACAUGAGAUUCUUGAGACAGAAGGAUUGCUGGAAGUGUCAGGGGACCGAGUGGCAGGCCUGGUGUUGAGAAUGACGGGAUUGAAGCUGUGGAGACGAUCUGGUUCUUGACUAAACGAGAAGAAAAAUGAAGACUGAGCUCCACACCAGGGCUUCAACAGCCUCAGAAAUAUCCAGCUACAGGCGACUGGGGAUAUGUGCACUCAGAGAUGGAUUGGACAUUGAAGUAAUCAUGAUGACGACGAUAACUAUGAGCUUUCAGAUCAGGAGAACCGAGCACUCUGCCACGACUGUUUGAAAAAUGGGAAACAUUUAUGGCUUCGAGUGAAAUCUCUUUGAUUAUUGAAUGCUUGGGUGUUACUGACUCUGUGUUCUUCAGCAUACUGGUAUGAACGAUACCGUCCCACUGUUUCAACCGUAUCUUGUGAGGGGACAGGAAGCGAAAACUUGUUCGUUGUAGUGACUCCCAGCUCUCGUAGACUUUUCACUGUGUCUCAGUUUCCUUCCGGACGUACGCAGAUAUUUUUGAACACGUAGUUUCUUCUCUGUGUUUUGGCCUCCUGUCCACACAAAAACACGUUUUGGGUCAAGAUGAAGUAAUUAAAAGUAAGAAAAACAUUUCACUGUUUUCAUGUGGAUGUGAAAAAAGUAUGUUUUUGAAAACGCUUACGUCAUAGCAUGAGCCUGUGCAGUGAGCACAUGUUGCUGACCAGGUUGUUACUUCAUGGUAUAUAAUUUCUAAUAUGAUGACGUGAUGCCGCAAUUAAAUUUCAUAUUAUUCACAUUUCACCUUCUCUACUUCUAAAUACAGAUACUACUCUUAAUGUUAUUCUUGAGACAUUUGACAUAACAGUUUAUGACAUACUGUCCCCACCUACUGGGCUUGUGUGCUCAUGUGAGCGUUUUCAAAUUUUCAUGUGGACAGAGAUCAUUUCAAAAACUCUGUUGUGGUUGGAGAUAUAUUUUCGAAAACACUGAUCAUGUGAACGGUGAUAUUUUCGAAAACAUUGUGUGGACGGAGAUAUUUUCAAAAACACUGUUGGUGUGGAUGAAGAUAUUUUCAAAAAUACCGUUAAUGUGAAUAGAGAUAUUUUUGAAAACUCUGUGUGAACAGAGAUAUUUUCGAAAACACUUUGUGUGAACGGAGAUAUUUUCGAAAACACGGUUCAUUUGGACAGACAUAUUUUCUAAAAAUUGUUUGUGUGGACAGAUUUUUUUUAAACAGAGGGGUAAAACUACGUUUUCAAAGCGAUCUGUAUAUGUGUGGACGGGGCCUCAGAGAAGUCCAGAUCGUCACUAAAGCAGGUAGUUUGCGGUACACCAGUUCACUUCGCUCAUAGUCAAACCCAAGUUUGGGAUGAUGCAUCACUUUUACACAGCGUUACUGCCACACUCAGUAUUCAUUUCUGUUUCACAACGUGCAAUUACCUCUUUCACUCCUCAGUCGUCGGUCCCUGAAACCCCCCUGUCCUCGACGAAACUCCUCGAACUCACAGUUUGCAGUUCACCUUAUGAGGACGUUCUUGUUUGUUAGCACUUAACCUCAUAUUCUGAGCCUUAGCUGGUUAGUUGGCUCUUGAGGGGGACAGGGGCCAAUGACCAUCCACAACCUGCACUUCUCUGGGCAAACAAAGUGUUUUUUUUUUUUUUUUGGUCUCUUUUUGAGUGUGAAAUUUCCUGAGCUAUGUAAUGUUCCUAUAUUCUCCAUCUUUUUUCUUUUUUUCCCCAACGCUGCUGCUGCUUAACUAUGCAUCUUAGCAUUCUUUCCAAAGACUGCCCAUGGUGAGGUCGCUAUUUUUUUUCUUUACAAAGUCUAUAGAGCACACCAAACCAACCCUGAGCCUCAGUCUGAGUUUUAUUUUGACCUUAUGAGUAAGUAGCAGGACCAGGGUUUGGUGCCCCGGUGCUAAAGUGUAUGCAUACAGAGUUCUGAGGCAAGCGUUUAUUUGCAGUAAGGAAAUGAGAGAGCUGUGACUUCCCCCUAGUGGAUGAGUUGUAACACUGCAGAAUUACUUGAAGGAUUUAAUUGGGAAAAAAACAUGGCACUUUUUCAAUGUAUUAUAUCUUUCCUUCAGUUGGACAUAGGAUUGGAGAUGGUCAGAACAUGAUUUCUUGAUCAGUUAAUAUAAUUAACUGAGAUUUAUUAUCAGAAAAAUGAUAAUCUUUUGAAUGUGGUUGAAGCUGACAGCUGGGGAACUGUUAUUCUUGUUAUAUUUUAAUAGCCAGCAAUGAUAAGAGUCUUGAACACAUGAAGCAUGGAAUGGUGGAUUGGAUUUUUGGUGGAAAAGUGUUAAGUUGCAAAAAAAAAUAUCCACAGAAAGACAUUAUUAAUGACCUAUAUUUACUCUUUUAGUUUUUGCACUGGAGCUACGAGGCUAAUCUAGCUAACAAGUAAUGGAACCCAAAAUCUUUUCCUCAAAUGAUAUUCAGUUAUUCAGACAUUUACUGAUGUGGUUAGGACACCGUUUGACUUACUGUAGUUUACCAAAAAUUAAUUAAUUAAUUAGUUAAAAAAUAAAAUAAAAUAAAAAAUAUAUAUAGUGUGUAGCUGAACAGUGCAACACUGGAGGCAGCCAUUUUGGAAAACUAGACAUCCUUUUUUAAUUUUGGUAUCUGACCCCUUUUUUAGCUGCAGCUAAAAAAAAAAAAAAGCCACCUGAAAAGUAUGAUUUUCUGCUUUUUAAUUUAUUAUUUUUUCUGAAAAUUUACAUGUCAGAAAACAUAAUUCACUGAAGGGGAAAGGACACGGGAACUUUCACCUGUGAAUUUGUUGAGGUCUGUAAAAAAAAAAUGAGGUGCUGCUGAUUAUUAAUUAAGUAGAAGUCACACCGAUAAUUUGUAUAUGCUAGUGUUUUGUGGUAAAAAGCAUUUUUCUCUCUGCCUGCUAAGAUUUUUUUGUUAGCAAUAUUGGUCCAUUUUUCACCUCACCCUUCCCUGACACCAGAACUGAUUGUUGACAAGCGUCCCAUCUGGUUCCAUUUUGACAAUCCAAAACUAAACUACAGUUGGAAAGGAACAAAGCCACAAAAGCCUUACAUUACUUAGCACCUGAAUAUAAUGUUUUACAUGAGAAAACAUCAGGUUACAGAAGAUACAUUUGUAAAGGACAUUCUUUAGCUGUUUAAAGUGUGUAUUUGAGGAUUUUGGCAUGUGCUUAUGGAAAUGAUUUUGUGUGAGAUAGAUUUCCAUUACUUGUAAGCAACAAUAGCUUUUUAGCUCCAGUGCAAAAAAAGAAACAAACUUCAGACACUAAAUGUGUCUUGCCUAAUCAAUUAUAUUUGAUGUGAGAAUUGUGUAAAAAAAAAAAAAUCCUUCAAUCAGGAACCAACCUAAACCAAAUUACUCCUUGAUGUAGGCUAACAAAUUGUCCAUAAUUCAGACACACAGAUAAAACUUAGAAGCACCUUCUCAUCUUACAUUUGGAAAAUUCACUUUUUUUGACGUGAUCAGGUCUUAAGGGAAGGAUUGUUACACCACAGGGAUCCUGAAGCCAUAUAGAGAUUUGUGAAAUCAGUAACAACAAAGACACGCUCUCCUGCAGCAAACACAAGUCCUCUGAACUAAAAGAUCGACAUCAUAAAUGCUUUAUAUAUACCAUAAAGCUAUAUUUUGUCUAUAUGUACAUGUGUAUAUAUUUAGAAAUAUAAAUAUAUAGAGAUAUAAAAUCCUUUCCUUAAAUGUUUCCGAUGUUUCAGUGUUAGCAAAGAGAGAGAGAGACAAGUGCUUCAGUAACACCUACUAAAUAACAGGCCUAAUUGCACUGUGUAAUAUUCGGAAAGGUUCUAUGAGUGUUUUAUAUUUGAAAAAAAGUUUGCUGAAGUACUAGCAGCUCUGAGCGCUAACACAUGAUCACGCACCAGCUCCUUCACUGUUUUACAAUCACAAUCAUCCUUAUGAGACCUCAAGAACUGCGACGCAAGCCAAAAAAUUCAAAUGAGACGCAAAGAAGAAGCCGUUUGCUCUGUCAGCUGUGUAUAUAUACAACGUGGCAAUCCUCGAAACGGGUUUUUCAGGUGCAUUUUUUAAAACCUGGGUCUUUUCAGCUAUCAAUUAGUGAUAAUCAGGAAAGUCUUUGAUUAUGAUUAUGACUGUGAUCCAAAUCGACUCCAUGAGUUCAGACUUAAGGGGAAAUAAAGGAAGAAGGUUAUGUAAUUGCCUAAUGAGGAUGAUCUUUGACCGUAACACAAUCACUUGUUUAGUUGCUACACAGAGAGACACCUAAAAAGAUCUAUUUUUGUACAAAUGUAAUUUUAUCUCUUGCUUACGUCUUCAUACCUCCCUUCAUACCUCCUUUCGUGGGUUGUUGUAUACAUUGUGUAAAUGUUGAUUUGAUAUGGGAAAGAGUGGAGAAACUCAGACCUCUUUAAAAGUCGGGGACGGGAAAGGAGAGGUCACCGGUGACACCUUUUGCAGCUUUUGCCUGUACUUUACUUUUUUUUUGUUUUGUUUUUUUUGUUUUUUUGUUUCCUUUUUCAUCUGUCACUGAGUGACAGAAUCCUCUGCCUAUUUUUGUCCGUUUUCAAGAUGUUAUUUGUGCUUUGUUCGUUGUUGUUCUUUCAUGAGAAUAGGAAAAAAAAAAAUUAAAGUUUAAAAAGAUCAGAAGUUUUGUUUGUCAAUUUAUUCCCUUACUGUAGUAUUUGUAUUGCAUGGGUUUGGAUGAAAUAUGAAGUAAUAGAUUUUUAUUUAGAUUUUAAAAACCCAUUAUAAAUAGAUUUUAAUAUACACUGUAUAUUCAUUACAAUAGAAAUGUAUACAAUUUUUAUGGAAAUGAACACAAAACCUCUUCACAUGCCUGUGGAUUGUCUGGUAAGAAACUGCACAAAUGUGAUGCGACUAAAU